UGUGUGUCUUAUAUCCGGUAUGCAGCUCAGCCCAUCACAAAAGGCGGUCUUGUCGAAUUUCUAGCGUCGCGAACCCGUAAACUGCGGUGAAAAUGAAGAUAGAAGAAGUGAAAAGCACGACCAAGACGCAGCGGAUCGCCUCCCACAGCCAUGUGAAGGGCCUGGGGCUGGAUGAGAACGGGUUCGCGCUGCAAGCGGCGGCGGGAAUGGUCGGGCAGGAGCUGGCCAGAGAGGCAAGUGGUGUUGUGGUGGAAAUGAUCAGGUCCAAGAAGAUGUCAGGAAGAGCAGUGCUGCUGGCUGGACCACCAGGGACUGGGAAGACUGCCCUUGCCCUUGCCAUAGCCCAGGAGCUGGGUAGUAAGGUUCCCUUCUGUCCCAUGGUGGGGAGUGAGGUCUACUCAUCAGAGAUCAAGAAGACAGAAGUACUCAUGGAGAACUUCAGACGAGCCAUUGGUCUGAGAAUCAAGGAGACGAAGGAAGUGUACGAAGGAGAAGUGACGGAGCUGACACCCUGCGAGACUGAAAACCCCAUGGGAGGAUAUGGCAAGACAGUGAGUCAUGUGAUCAUAGGACUGAAGACUGCAAAGGGCACAAAGCAGUUGAAGUUGGACCCAUCCAUCUAUGAGACUCUGCAGAAGGAGAAGGUAGAAGUUGGUGAUGUCAUCUACAUCGAAGCCAACAGUGGUGCGGUCAAGAGACAAGGUCGAUCAGACACGUACGCAACUGAGUUUGAUCUCGAGGCAGAAGAAUAUGUGCCCCUACCCAAGGGUGAUGUACACAAGAAGAAGGAGGUUAUCCAAGAUGUGACCUUACAUGACCUGGAUAUAGCCAAUGCCAGGCCUCAGGGAGGCCAGGAUAUCAUGUCCAUGAUGAGUCAACUCACUAAGCCCAAAAAGACAGAAAUUACAGACAAGUUGAGAAAAGAGAUCAACAAGGUCGUGAACAAGUACAUCGACCAGGGGAUUGCCGAGCUUGUUCCCGGGGUACUGUUCAUCGACGAGGUGCACAUGUUGGACAUCGAGUGUUUCACGUACCUGCACAGAGCGCUGGAGUCCACUAUCGCGCCCAUUGUCAUCUUCGCAACCAACCGGGGGAAGUGUACCAUAAAGGGUACUGAGGACAUUGUGUCCCCCCAUGGUAUUCCCCUGGACCUGCUGGACAGGGUGAUGAUCAUCAGGACGCUGCCUUACUCACCUGAGGAGAUGGUGCAGAUCCUUCAGGUCCGUGCCCAGGUAGAGAACAUCCAGUGCCAGCCUGAUGCCCUGAAGAUGCUGGGAGAACAGGGGGUGAACGCUACCCUCAGAUAUGCUGUCCAGUUGUUGACACCAGCCAGCCUCAUGGCCAAGAUCAACGGCAGGGAUGAGAUCAACAAGGAGGAUGUUGAGGAGAUAAGUCAGCUGUUCUUUGAUGCCAAGACGUCUGCUAAGGUCCUCCAAGAACAGGAGGAUAAGUAUAUGAAGUAGUGAAGGGGGGAUGGAGUCGUCUCUGUUUGGGGUUUUGAGUAUUGUGUUGUCCGUUAGUAUAUUUUGUAUUCCACCUAUUGAUUAAUUAGUGAUAAAAUGUUGUAAAGUUGAAAGUUUGAUAUUUUUUGUAUUUUCUGUAUAAUGUGUGAUCACAGAUAAGAAAAGAAUAAAGUUGGUCUUCGUGCAUCAAGAAUUGUUUUAAGUUAG